AUGGGAGUGGCCGCUGCCCGAGAAGACAGUCCGUGCGCGCUGGGUGGGAGUGGCAUCACGGGUGGCUGCUCGCUGGUCUUUCUGCCUGUGACCAAGGGCACAUUAGGUCCUGGCCUUGGUAUUUAUGAAGGGGCAACUGUGGAGGGCCGGGAGGAGGAGCCGAGGGUGGAUGGGGCCCUGCGGCAGAGUCCCCAGCCCACCUGCCCACCAAGGGCACGCAGUGAGCCCCGGAACGUGGGACAGGAGGAGCACAGGCCCUGUGGCGAGGACUGGGGGAGGGGGGUGCCACACCAGUACAGAAAGCAGACCCUUACCAAGCCAGAUUCAGGCUGGCCAGAGACACGCAUACAGGCGAGCGUCCAGGACACCGACGGCGGGUCCCGGGGGCCCCGAGCCUGCGGCCUGGCCAUGGGGCUCCUGGCCUACAGGUGCACGCACGCGCACACAGGAAGGAACACCAACUUCGAGGAAAAGGAUGCACGUUUUCUUGUUUAA